AAGGACCGAGCGUCUCUCUCUCGCCGUCUCUGUGCCGUUGGCGAAGCUGAGGAGGUGCUGCGAGGCGAGACGGGCCUGGCGCUGCCGCGGCGGAGAAGCAGCUAGCCGGACUCCUGGCGGAGGAGGAGGCGGAGGAGGAGGAGACCGGGGACGCGCUAGUAGGGGCCUAGGCCGGGAGGGGAAGCUCUCCGCGCCGCCACGACGACGACGACGACGACGGCCAAGAUGCUCAAUAUGUGGAAAGUCCGGGAGCUGGUGGACAAGGCCACCAAUGUGGUCAUGAAUUAUUCAGAAAUCGAGUCUAAGGUUCGAGAAGCAACCAACGAUGAUCCGUGGGGACCUUCAGGGCAACUCAUGGGAGAGAUUGCCAAGGCUACCUUUAUGUAUGAACAGUUUCCAGAACUUAUGAACAUGCUUUGGACACGAAUGCUGAAAGACAACAAAAAGAACUGGCGGAGAGUUUAUAAAUCUCUGCUGCUCCUAUCUUACCUCAUAAGGAAUGGAUCAGAGCGUGUUGUUACAAGUGCCAGAGAACACAUUUAUGAUUUGCGAUCCCUGGAAAAUUACCACUUUGUAGAUGAGAAUGGCAAAGACCAAGGUAUAAAUAUACGUCAGAAGGUGAAAGAAAUGGUAGAAUUUGCCCAGGACGAUGAUAGACUUCGUGAAGAGAGGAAAAAGGCAAAGAAAAACAAAGAUAAAUACAUUGGGGUUUCUUCAGACAGUGUUGGAGGAUUCAGAUACAAUGAAAGAUACGAUACUGAGCCGAAGUCCAAGUGGGAUGAAGAAUGGGAUAAAAACAAAGGCGGAUUUCCAUUCAGUGAUAAGUUAGGUGAGCUAAGUGAUAAAAUUGGGAGCACAAUUGAUGACACCAUCAGCAAGUUCCGGAGGAAAGACAGAGAGGAUUCUCCAGAAAGAUGCAGUGAUAGCGAUGAGGAAAAGAAAUCUAGAAAAGGUAAAUCACCUAAAGGAGAAUUCAAAGAUGAGGAGGAGACAGUUACCACAAAACACAUCCAUAUUACACAAGCCACAGAGACCACCACCACCAGACACAAGCGCACAGCAAAUCCUUCCAAAACCAUUGACCUGGGAGCAGCUGCACAUUACACAGGGGACAAAGGAAGUCCAGACCAGAAUGCUUACAUUCAGCAAUCUACAGCAAAGGUUCCUGGCAGCAAGUCAUCCGGUGACCUGGUCGAUCUUUUGUUCGAUGGUGCUGAUCAAUCAGUCCCAACAGGUGGAGCCACUGACCCCUUCGGAGGGUUUGCGGACUUUAGCUCUGCUGCCGCUGCCUCUGCCUCCGCAGGCUGCCCCCCAUCACAAGGUACAACUGCAAGUGGGAAUGGAGAGUUUGGCGACUGGAGUGCCUUCAACACCUCUCCAAGCCCUGCUGCUUCAGCUGGAGAGCUCUUUGGUGGCUCUGCUCAGCCAGCUGUUGAGCUCUUUGGUGGCUCUGCUCAGCAGAGCCUUGGCCAGCCUCCAGCUGCUUCAAAUCCUUCUGACCUCUUUGAUUUGAUGGGUACCUCCCAAGCCACCAUGACCUCUUCCCAAAGCAUGAAUUUAUCUAGGAUGGGUUCUAGCACUGUCAGCAUCAAUCUGCCUAUGUCAAGGUCACAGCCUUUGCAACGGUGUUAACCCAAUGAUACAGAAGCCUGAAAUCCACUUUAUAAUAUGGGGCACAGAGAUGGUCCCCAAAAAUGUAGGUCAAAACCCUGCCAUCCACAUUGGUCAGAUCCUAGUGUAAAUAUCAGUUUGGACAAUUUAGUUCCUGUAUGCAGCCUUCCCAAGCCCCAGCAACCAUCACUCAACACAAUGAUUCAGCAACAAGUAAAUAUGCAACAACCGAUGAAUGUGAUGUCUCAGAAUUUUGCAACCAUGAGCCUCAACUCACCACCCAGCAUGAUGCCUGCUCGACCUCCUGCAAACCCAUAUGGGGGGCCUGUUCCUGUGGGAAUGGGAAUGCCCACUGUGAUGACUGGCACGAUUGGGAUGGCUUCCAUGGGAGGCACACCUAUGAUGAACCAGGGCAUGAUGGGAAUGAAUGUGAACAUGGCAGUGCCAACUUCUGGAAUGGGUUUGUCGGGCAUGGGCAUUACUAAUAUAGCUGUGGCAUCCUCCAUGACUCCCGGAACUGUGCAACCUAAGCAAGAUGCCUUUGCAAAUUUUGCAAAUUUUAGCAAAUAAAGAUUGUAAACCAAUCAGAUUAAAUGAAGGAUUUUAGCUGCACAAAUAAAGCUGGGGUGAGGGUUGAAAAUGCUGAUCAAAUGCUUUCUCUUUUUCUUUUAUUGCUUACUUUAAAGGAGCCCACAUAAAGAACCCAAAGGUCAUUUUGUAAACUCCCAACCUACUUUUGUUAAAGUUUUGGUGAAGAAAACGUCCUCCACCGAGUGAUGUGGUUGAUACUGCAAUCACUAGGUCUUGUUUUUUUAACAAGAGAAUUAAAAGCCUUUCUUAGAUGGCAGAACUAGUUUUAACUUUGAAACUUGUGGAAACUCUGGAAUUUGGGGGCUGGGUAUAUCUGUGUGAAUCUAAUUUUAUACUUGAUUUCUUUUCCCCCUCCUGGAAUCUAUUUAUCAUAAUUGGAUCCGUUCCUUUUCCUACCACUGAGUCAAAUUUGAAGUCAAAGUAUGCUGAUCAAUUUUUUAUAAGAAUAUAUAUAUAUUUUUGUCCAAAAAAAAAAUGGCGUACAUAUGUGAUUAUGGCUAAUUCAAAGGGACCUGGAAUGUAUAUAUACUUUUGCUACUCUUUCAGCAACACUGCUAUACUAUCCAAAUUUUUAUUAUAGACCUCUUUAAGCAAUUUGCUGAUGAAGAGGGUGGGAGGGGUGGGGUUUUCCUACCUCUUUCUGCUUUAAUACGCAAUGCAGAACUGGUAGAAACUUCAUUCAGACUGCUGUAUGGUUUCCUUUCAGAGCACUCUAGAGAAAAAAUAUAUACAUAUAUAUAUAAAUGGUUGGGUUUUGGUUGGGGUGGUUUUUCUGCAGCCAUACUCCAGUGAAAAGUGGCAGCCCCCCCUUGGGGUCUCUGGGGUCACUGUUUACAUCACUGACAGUCAAAAUGCAAGAAAAAUUUUCUUGCAACACAAAAAAGAGAAACAACAUCUUUAAAUUAAUAAAGAACACCUCUAAACUUUUUGUUAAUCCAACAACAUUGGAUUCUAAAUUUUAUACAUUUGGUGACUUCAUUUGUUUUAUGUAAAUAUGGCCUUAGCAAUUGCGGAAUCCAAUAGAAAGGGAUUAAAUAAUAUAUAUAAAUGAAUGAAUAAAUAAAUAUAUAGAUUAUUAUUAUUAUUAAAGGAAACCUGUAGCAGUCAGAUUUUAUGAAUUAAUGAAAAUAAAGGAAAUGAAUUAAUAAAUUAAAGGCUUUGUCUUUUCCUGCUACCAUUCUGCAUUUAGGUUCAAACACAGAUCAUGAUUUUUAGUCUGGGAUGCAGGGGUUCAGUUUAUAUUCACAGAGCCAGGGCUGCUACUGAGAAUGAAUACUAUAUUCUAGGUAUGAAACUUUAUUGGCUCCCCUUUCUUAUGUUGGAUUUUUUAUUAUUAUUAAAUUGAUAAAACUUUAUUUCCAUUGUAUUCAUAAUGUUCUGUUAUACAUAACAUUAAAGUGUUCAUUAAAAACAA